AUGUCGCCGCCGCAGGAGGAGCAUCAUGAGCAGGAGAAGCAAGCCGGCAUCAAGGUGGGGUACGACGCGCCGAACGACAAGCUGCUAGAGAUGAUGGCGGGUCUUUCCAUCUACAACCAGCAGUCCGCCGUGGCGCUGCCGCGGCUGUGGGAGGAGGACGACGCGGCGGCGGCGGAUCGCUUCUCACCUGCUUUUCUUGGGCCUCAUCGCGGCAUCAUCGAUCCGCGCGCGUACGCGCCGGCGCCUCCGAUAGGGCAGGAAGCCGGUCCGUCAGCGCCGUCGCAGAUGCAUCCUGAAUCGGUGCGGAUGCCGCUGCCGCUGCUGCUGCCGCCCUGCGACCGUAGCGUGCCCGACGCGCGGGCGCGGCCCUUCGCGGAAGGUCGAUUUCGGCGCAGCAUCGCUCGUGGGCCCCGGAACGAGCCGGCCGUGGGCAUGCUCCCGCCUGGCGCAAUCGCCGCAGCUCGCGGCGCCCACCCUGGCGGCCACGCGUAUAUGGCCAUGGCGCCGCCGCCUUACCUACACGGUGGCACCGCGGCUGUCAACCGCCCCAACUUGUUUCCUGGGAACGAGGAAGCCUUGCUCCUCGCGCUGUCCGAGGAAACCCCCGAGAGCAUCGUGUCGUACGCCUGCGACCUAUUAGAGAGCAGACAUGGGCAGCGGCUAUUCCGUCUGGUCCUCAAUCACUGCAGCCAGCAGCUGCGGGAUCGGAUCGUUGCUACGAUCACCCGGGACAGGAAGAGUUUUGGUAGCCUUUGCACUCGGAGGCCAGAUGAAGUAGUUCAUAUAAUCAGUUCCAGUGAAACUCGGAGAUCAAUGCAGCUUCUUGGAGAUGCCAUGCUGCAAUGGAUGACACAUAAUCAGAUGAGGUACCUCCUGUCGGAUUCGAAAAGAUUAAGAGUGCUGCAUGCUUUCAUAGUGAGCUCUCCUCCAGAUAUUGCUCAGUUCAUUUUCGAAGCUGUUGCUCAAAAUUGUACAAGACUUGCAUAUCAACCAAAUGGACUGGGCCUACUACAAAAUUGCCUAGAGCAUGUCAGCCAGAAGCAAAAGGAUGAUAUUUUUACCCAACUCUCUUAUCAGAGCCUUUUCCUUGCUCAAAAUUCCAGUGGAAACUGGAUUGUUCAGGAUGUUCUGCGGAAGGGAGAUCCCUCUCACAUUGAAAUCAUUGCUUCCUGCCUUAGAAAUCAUUAUGUGACACUCGCGAAAAAUAAGUACAGCAGCAAUGUUGUUGAAUGGUGUUUAAGGGUAUUCCACGAAGGAGAGAGAUCGGUCAUUGUAUAUGAAUUCAUUAGCUAUCCACACUUUAGAGAUCUGGUGACAGAUGAGUUUGCUAAUUUUGCUCUCUCUACUGCUCUUGAAACAUGUGAGGUUCCUCUUCGAAACAUUUUGGCGAAUGCCAUCCUUUCCCAAAAUAUCAUCGUACGGAAUCAACACUGUACGAAGAUCUUUAGCACAUUAGCCAAAUAUGGGUUUAUGUAA